CUAAACUGAUUUUCGGGAGAGACAGAGAGGGAGAGAGAGAGCGAGAGAGAGAUUGAGAGGGGUUUGGAUUUCUGUCUGAACAGAUCUGAUCUGACCUUCGUUCAUCUUGGAGUUUUAUCCCUUUCUCCCCUCAAUAAACUUUGGCACCUUCUCUGCAGACUCCAGCGGGUAGUUUCGGGGUGUUGGUGGAGCCUGACUGCCGGAGGAUCGGCCGCUCUCUGCGCUUCAGGAAUGCACUUUGCAGGAGGCUCAGCUCCUUGCUCGGACACCUCCUGCUUUCCUUUUUCUUAACGAGGAGUUAUAAAUGAAUGAAGGAAAUGCGCUCGUGAGGGAGAGAUCCUUUUCUUCAGUCCGGUUCCCGGCUCCUCAGUCCGCCGGGCCGCAGCCGGGCUGAGGACAGAGGAGCCCGGAGUAAGCGCUCCCUGUCCGGGCAUGGAGAGCGGCGGCCAGGCGGGGAUCCAGCAGGCGGCGGGCAGAGGAGGAGGAGGAGGAGGAGAAGGAGGAGGAGGCGGCGGCGGCGGCUGGGUGCUGGUGGAGGCCCGGCUGCAGGGAGGAGCGCCGUGGGGCUUCACCCUGCAGGGCGGCCUGGAGCACGGAGAGCCGCUCAUCAUCUCCAAGGUAGAGGAGGGCGGUAAGGCGGACAGUUUGGAGCAGCCUCUGCUGGUGGGAGAUGAAAUUAUCAUCAUCAAUGAUGUGGACCUGACUGGAUACCGACAGGAGGCCGUUGCUCUGGUCAAAGGAUCGUACAAGACUCUAAAGCUCACCAUCCGCAGAGAGUUUGAUCCAGGAUACAUCAAGGAGUUUGGCACUUCACCUCCCUCUCUCCCUGCUCUUCCUCCGCCUUCUCCACCUCCUAUUUCUUCUCCUUCCCCACCACCACAACAACACACACCAUUGUCAACCCCCCACAGCAGACCAUGUUCAGCAGGAGGUGUCCAACUACGCAUCAAGAACAGACGCAGUGAGCCAGCAUCUCGUCCUCACUCGUGGCAUUCAACAAAGCUCGCUGAAGGUCAGCAGGUGUCGGGACAGGAUGAUAUGGACACAAUGAGCAGCACCUGGCACCCCAGCUAUCCCCCCUGUGCCUCGACCACUGACCUGUCCGGUGGCUUUGACUCUGGCGGCAGCUACCUGAGGAAGAGUCCGGACCAGUACAGUUCUAGGGGCAGCAUGGAGAGCCUGGACCCUCCCCAGUCCUCCCAGCUUCACUCUGGAGCUCAGCACCACCACCCACUUGGCCACCACGCCCACAGCGGACCCCACCCUGCCUACUCCUCCUGCCACCAGCUGUCCUCUGCCAGGUCCUCCAACAGCAUCGACCACCUCCACAGCAAACGAGACUCUGCCUAUUCCUCCUUCUCUACCAGUUCCAGUAUUCCCGAGUAUCUUGCCUCCACCCCGUCCUUCAGCCCAGAGCGCUCCUAUUCACUAGAGACCGUCCCUCAGAGAGGAGGGGGAAGUGGUGAGAUGCAGCAGGCUGACAUACGCUACGUUCGGACAGUUUACGAUGCCCAGCAGGGCCUAUCUCAAGAGCAUGAUCUAAGUACCACCUCCGCUGCAUUGAUACGCAACUGCGAUUCCAGAGGUGGGGGAGGGACAAGGCCGGGGCUGAGCCGAGAUCUGCAAGGUUCAUUGGGUGGGGUCUGUUACCGUGGCAGCAGCAGCGGUAGCAGCAGCAGUAGCAGCAGCAGCGGCGGUGGUGUUCCAGCUUCUAACAGGCACAGUGUGGGUCCAAUAUGGGGCCCAGCAGCGAGCCGCAGCUCCUAUGAGAGCCUGAAGGGGGCGCCAGCUCCACCGAGGCGCAGCGACAGCUACGCAGCCAUCAGGAACCAUGAGAGACCAAAUUCCUGGUCCAGUUUAGAGCAUGCCCGGUCAUUACGGUCUCUGCAGAAAGGUUCCUGGCAUCACUCCAGUGGCCCUGUGGCCUCAGGUGCAGCUAAAGGCUCAUACAGCACAGAGGGUCAGCUCCACACAGUGAUAGAGAAGAGUCCAGAGAGCAGCCCCACCACAAAGCCCCGGCAAGGCGGAGGUUUUUCCCAGCCACCUUCACCUCCUGAACCCUCCUCUGGACCUGCAGGUCCCACCCCCCAGUCUGGCCGGCUCAUUCUUGCCACUGGUGUGUACCCUGUCCCCCAGCCUGAGCCCCACUACGCACAGAUGCCCAGCUCCAACCCUGGGGCAGGCUCCUCCGCAGUCUACCCCGCCCUUGCCAAGGAGAGCAGCCAACGGCAGCACCGUGGGCUGCAGGGAAUUGAAGGGUGGGAUGAAAGAGCAACAGAGGGGCAAAAGGAUGGAAAGAUACCCACUACAGAAAACGGACACCAAAAUAACAUUUAUUCUUCACCAUACCCACACUCCUCGUUUUCAACAUCUGCCUCUUCACAGCGCAGGACUCAAGCACAUGGGGCAGACAGGCCUCAACAGGAAGGGUCUAACUUUGGACACUGCAAACCCCAGAAAACUGCUGAAGGGCGAUCAGAGGAUCAAACAGGGACCCAAAGGCUCCAAAACCAUCAGGAGUCUCACAGUCAGAGCUUCCAAGGGUUCCAAAGUCAUAAAAACCAGGGACCCCAUGGCCAAAUGUUCCAGGAACAGAACCAAGAUUUCCAUAAUCCCCGCAUCCUUUCUACCCCUGGACCCAGGCCCCAAUCCUCUCACGAGUGGAGGGACCCAUACACACCUGUCCAGUCAAGGGGAGACAACAGCAGAUCAGUGGACCAGUCCAGCAUUCAUUCAGACCCAGAAGCUUUCUCCAGGCCUGCCCAAGGCCACGUACCACCCACCCACUUACCUGUUCACCAUCAGCCACCCACCUCCGCCUCCCAGACUUCUCCCUGUCACCUCAGUGACUCAGCAGCUCUGCAGUACCAGCACUGGGACCACAGAGAGCGGAACAAAGACAGAGAACACCCACUGACCCGUCUGGAGAUCGCCCUUGCCGAAGUCCAGCAAUGUGCCAGCUCUGACAGUGUCGUCUCCGCCAGUAGCCAUGGCAGUAACAGUAGCUUUGCCGAUGGCAGCCAGGGGCCAACCCGAAGCCUUUCUGUCUUGGAGAAAGUCAGUCGUUUCGAGCGCCGGGAACGUUCCGGAAAGCAGCGUAGUCAUAGCACAAGCAACACAAACAACAAAGCCACCCAUCUGCGGAUGACUGAGAAAGGCCGCAGCGCCCCGUGUGGAGCAGAUGACCUGAGAAACAUGCUGGAGAGAAGCGCCAAUGGGACGAAAGCCCAUAGAACUCUGAGCUACAGAGGCGUUAGCAGCGACCACAUGAAAUACAGGACCCCAGCAGAUCCCAGUUCAGCCCUCCAAAGGAGUCGCAGUACCUUCCAGCUGGACAAAUCCAGGGAGACUGACAACAGCAAAGACUUCCCCCGGAGACAGGACAUCCAGGAGAUGCUGGGCUCCAUGCAGGACACAUCCUUCAACAGAUCUUACAGGGACUCUUUGAAAGAUGCCCAGUCUAAGGUCUUGCGGUCUACCUCCUUCAGACGAAGAGACCUCAGCUCCUCAGUCAGCCCUCCACCUAUAGCUCCUCCUACUGUGUUCUCCUCCAACAGCGAUCAGCCUCCACCUGUCCCUGCCAAGUACCACUCUCUGGAGAAAAAAGGCCCAAAAACCAUGCCCAAACCACAGGGCAUCAUCAUCACACCACAGUCGCCAACACUGGUCACUUCCCCUCACACCCCUAAGGAGCGACAUAUGGUUAGCCCAGACAUUCGAGGCCCGAGCCCCCCAGCUCUCCCCACCGUUCCGCCAGUUGGACCUCCUGCUCUGAUACGGAUCUGCGGUCGCAAGCGUCUGACAGCGGACCAGAAGAAGCGCUCAUACUCAGAGCCAGAGAACAUGAACGAGGUUGGGGUUUCGGAUACUGAGACUGCUGCCCUCUUCAGGCGUGGAGGAGAAACCAGUGUGGCAGACCGGCGGAGGAUGUUUGAACUUGCAGCAAGUCGUGUCGGGGGUGGGGCUCCUCAGAAUGCCACGUCAAGGCCCGACCUACGGCAGCUUCAGCAUGACGCUCUCGCUGAGUACGUGGAGAGGAAGAGAGGCGUGAAGAGAGACGAGGGAGGACAGAGGAGUGGACCAAGGCCUCGCAGUGCUUAUAUACAACCCGACAACAGCAACCAUACAGUCUCCUCCUGUUACUCAGAAACCCUCAGCCUCUCCUCCGCCUCCAGCCUGCUCUCCCUCCAGGACUCUGGCCCAGAUCGAAGCUUCUCUGGGGAGAGGCGUCUCUGCUCCACUCUUCCUCCUGGAGCCGACCUGCGGAACUUCCAGUCCAACCUCUUCUACCCAGGCAGAGUGACGACUCCAAGGCCUCCAGCACACACACCACACAGUGCUCUUACUGGUUCCCCUCUUGAGCCCCAAGCCGAGAACCCUCAAGAUCUCCCCCCUGAAGUACGUCUCAGCAGACGGAGUCAGUCUUUGAGCAGAGAACCAGGCCUGGGCCACCAGCAGCAGGACGCAGAGUCUCAACUCAGCCUGGGACUGUCCAAGCAGCUCAAUGGGAUUCUACAGAAGCCUGGUUCAGAUCGAUGCUCCGGGAAGUCAGCUUCUGCUGAGGAUCUCCUGGAGCGAUCUGAGGAGAGACAAAUGACUCCUCAACACUACCGCUCCCGCUCCUCCCCGACUGUGGAGACAUUAAACCCGGACCGCCCUCCAGGUGAUGUCAGGAUGUUUGGUGUGUUCGCCUCCGAACCUGGACGCUGCACUCUAGCUGAGGACAGGCCUGCAGACAUCCAGGUGACGGGGGGCCUCGUCUGUCCUCAACCGUCCCAGAACAGUCUGAACACCGUCCAGCCCGCAGGACCUUCUCAAGGCUCCUCCUACACUCCCGUCACUCGCAGAGAGCGACAGAGGAACAGCGAGCGCCAGCGAGCCCACAGCACUUCCACCUUGGCAGCCUCCGUUGGCCUGCCCUGCCCCUUCUUCCCACCUGGGACUCAGGAUGGAGGCGGCACUGAGUGGCAAGCCAGCGGGAGGCUGAGCCUCGCCAAUCUGGAUGCCAUCACCUUCCCAGUCAUCCCGCAAACCAGCACGGGGGAUGGUGAUGGCGGUAAGGGUGCUACCGUUAACACAACUGGCCUCGAUGAAACCCUGGUGACGGACAUUCAGACAAAACGCAGUUUGAGUGAUGCCAGCGUAUCAGAAGACGCUGAGAAGGACAUGUACAGGGGGAGAGCCAACAGUUUAGAGACGAGAGGAGGGCAUUCUGAAGAAGAUGCCAGACGAGUUUCACCAGUGACGCCACCACCCCUGUCCGGUUCCCAGUUUGCAGCCCCACCAAACAGGAAGGACAGUGGGAAGACUGUGUCCUCUUCUUCCUCAUCGUCUCAUCCGUCCAUACGCCACCUGUCCUCAUUGCGAAUCUCUGAGUCCACCCUCUUCAGCCCCAUCGACCAGACCUCCGCAGGCCUAUCGCAAGAGGACUUUGAUGAGGUCUUUCUCCAAAAUCCUGCCCCUCCGUCACCUCCUCCACCAAUCAAAGAGACAAGCAUCGUGGAGGACUUCCCUCCUCCUUCUCCCCUCGAGUUGGAGCCAGAAACUGGACGCCAGUCUGUGGGAAGUCCUAGUUCAGAAUUCCUGAACAACUCCAGCAUUCCCACCCCUCCAAUUUCCCCUUCCUCCUGUGUCCCCCCGCCACCUGUGGCCUCCAGCAUCACCUCCAUCACCACAUUGAGCACAAGCGAGGACAGCCUAGGUCUUGAGUACCAGCCCCUGCCCAAGAGGGAAAAGACAUCCGAGGAGCUCCGAGUGGAGGCACUGGCCCGGCAGCUGGUGUUGCAGGACAGUUCUCUGGUGCCCCUCCUGGACACAUGGGGGGCUAAGUCCACUGUUGAGCUUAUGGAGGACAUCUUUCCAAACAGCAGAUUAGUUGAUAAAUCACAGUGGCUGCACAGGGGCAGUAGCCAGUUGGAUGACAGGAUCCAAGAUGACAUCUGCGAUUCUGCUCCAAGCACGACAACGGAUGGAGGGACAGAGACCAAUUUGGAUGAGGCUGAGAAAGACCUCAACACCAGGAAGGUGGAACUGUGUGAGGCUCUGAGGAGCAGCAUGCAAAGUCUGCAGCAGGAGAAGGAGGUGCUGUGUGAGGAGCAGAGGCAUCACCAGGCGCUGGGGGCGACCAUCGAAGCGUUGGUACAGGAGCACCUCAAAACCAACGAGAGGGACAAGUACAGCAUGUUCAUCGGAGACCUAGAGAAAAUUGUGAACCUGCUGCUGUCGCUGUGCAGCCGGCUGUCGAGGAUCGACAGAUCUCUGCUCGCUCUGGAGAGAGAGGAGCUGACACAGGAGGAGACAGCAGAGGAGAGGGACUCCCUCAAUCACAAACGCUCUGUGCUCCUCCGUCAAACUGAAGACGCCUGGGAGCUGAAGGAGAACUUGGACCGGAGGCAGCGGGUGGUCCAUGCCAUCCUGUCCAGCUACCUCACUGAUCCGCAGCUCCAGGACUACCGCCACUUUGUCAGCACCAAACCCUCCCUUCUGAUUCGCCGACGGCACUUGGAAGACCUCAUACGGCAGGGGGAGGAGCAGCUGACACGGUUGGCCGAGAGCCUGCCAGCGGAGCUGGCGGAGGCUCAGGGUUGGUCAAGAGCCUGUCCGUUCUCAUUGCCAAGCCCCGUGCCCUGCUCUUCUCCAUUCCCACCGCUGCUUCCACAGUCUGCGAUCCCGGGCCCCACCCAGUCAGUCCGGUCCACCACUGUGACAUCCCUGUGAUGUCAUGGACAUGCCGCUGCUACCGGUGGCAGCGAAGGAUGGGACACGAAGAAGAGACGAUCGGCUCCCUAAAAACUCUCUCUGAGCUUGAGUGAUGUUCUAAACUGAAGGUGUAUUACAUGAAGGAAGAGCGGACCUGAAGCAAGCUCAGUUCACUCUGAAAUAGCUAUGCAGGACUCAUACAUGAAGAAGAAUAGCUUUGAAUGUGCCUGAUCGUCGUUCUAUUCACACCUGGCUGUAUGUUACACCUUUGUUAACCUCAACAUCAGAAGUCAGCGCUGUGUGGACUCAAACUAACCGCUGCCAAUGCUUCUAAUCAUCCUCUGCUCUGAAAGGUGACUUUUAAGGACUGUCAGGUUCUUUUCAGGUCAGAAGAUCCGAAGAAAGUUCAUUGUCAAGUGCUUUAAAGGACAAUUCUAGUGUUACAGUGUUACACCUGCAGUUUUCCAACUCUUACCAUGUUCAAUAUUUGAUAUGUUUGCUUUCAGUGUCGAAAUAUUCUUCCCAGCAAAGACAAGAGCCGCACUUCAAAGCUGUAAAUGUAAAAAAAUCAGCUUUAAUUUCUGUUCCUUUGGGCCAGAUGGAUUUGAAAUCCCCACAUUUCCAGAAAUAUUUCCAAGGACCACAGUGGUACCAGCAGCUCGGAGGACUCCUCCACUGAAGAGGUGCAGGCAGGUUAGAAAGAAACCUGAAUAAAUAGAGUAGCGGUGCUUUCUAAAAAGUCCCAGUCACACUGGAAUUGUCCUUAAACAACCCUGACGGUUCUUUCAGGAACUUCAAACAUUCAGACCUUCCUCCAGAAACUUUUUGUUUUCUAACGACUAAAUGACAUGAGCCAUUCUGUCAUCUGUUACAUAUUGUCACCUUGUCCAACUUUUCAGAGAUUUUCACCAGACCUGCUCGGCUCUUGCACAUGUACAGUCAACUUACAGAAAUCUAUUAACAGCAAAAUUGGAGGGACACUGCAACAAACAACUCAGAUCAUGAGUGGGGAACUGCUGUUAUGAUCACUGUCACAUCAAAUUGCAAAACUACUACUGCCACUACUGUCUGUGUGUCUGGAGCUUAUAGCACUUUCAGCAGUUUGACUACUGUUCGCAGCAGAAUUUACACUGAAUCAUAAAAAAUGUUCCGCUUAUUGCUCUAACUAAAAGUUUUUCAGAGUUUACUUUUGGAUUUGAAGUUUUGUUUGAUCCAAACACUGAUUAUUUUACGUUCCUGUUGUUCAGGGUUUCAGUAUUUCACUAGAGCCAUGAUUGCAACACAUACCUUAAGUCAUAACAGUAAUAACACAUAACGAAUUUACCAAACCUAUGACUUCAUAAGAUGUUUAACUUAUGACGUGAAACACAGAAAAUAAGCCAAUCCUCAAAUUGGAGAACUUGGAGCCAGCAAAUAUUUUAAUGGAUAAUGGACGCAAAUAAUCAAUCAUUGAAAUUACUGAUAAUUGUGCCGUCGAUCGCAUCACUGAUUAAACUGACUAGCUGUGUGGUUAAAUGUCUUGUGCAGUUUUGGGUGCAGAUCAACUCUUCUAGACUUCUGAGGAUCCGACUGUCGGCUGUCAGACAAAAUGAAUUCAGCACUACUGUUAUCACGUAAAACUAUCAGCAUUUGGUCAGCUAUGCCUGUCAUCGCUUCAGUAACUGAUGUCAGUCUAUGUCAAGCCCAAUCAGAGAUAAGGAGAAAAUAACGUCAUCGGGGUUAUUUUCUCCUUUAGAGCUACAGAAGACAUUAUACAUCUGUUUUCACAGGCUCAGUAGAAUUAACCAUGAGGAGCUGGAGUGCCACAUUAUCGUUAUUUAAACUGUCCUUCUUAGAGGAUUAUUAAUUGCUGGGUGCAACAUUCAACAGUCAAGAACGCUAAAACAUUAAAAUAGUAAUUAAUUGAAAAUAAAUGCAAAAUAUUGCACCACUUUCUUUUCUCUUACUCUGUUAAGUCACAAUCAUAAAAUAUCAUUUUUCAUUAUCACAACACAAUCAUUUUGUGAAAUCAAGUUGUUGUUUUUUUUAUUAUUAUUUUCCUGUUAUUUUACCUUCAUUUGUACACUGUUGUCCUCUCUGGGCUCCCACUGUGGGUUAACUCUUUCAACUGCCAAUGAAAGAUCAGUAAAUGUUUUAUAAACCUUUUAACAGUUUUGCCAUGUAGCAGGUGCCAUUUUGCUUCCCUUCAGUUAUUUUAUCUGGGGAUUCCAAAUGGCACAAAGAGAAUCUGUUCUACACGGUCAAUAUUUAUUGUGUAAUAAACGGCUACAGUGGUGUGUUGAAUUUAAAAUACAGGCGCUUUCAAACAGCUAAAGUACGGAUUAGUAGAGGUUUUAGCUGUUUUCACUCUCUGAGAGCACCUUUCAAAUAUUCUCCAAACAAUACAGCACACAAUCUGCCUUAUGUCCUCAUAAAUAAAACAGAUUUUACUGUUGAUUAUUGUUUGUUUGUUAUAUUCUUGUUAUUUUCAGAGGCACAACACAAUAUCUCAGACAUUUCUUGGUUUAUUGUUGAAUGAAAUUCACGGUUUGCUUUGAAAAAAGGACGAUUGGAAAAGAGCUCCAGAUUUUUUGCAAAAUAAAUGUAUUUUGUAAAUG